AAGCACAAGCACAAGGUCUUCAAAACACAUCCAUCGAAAAUAAGCACAAGCACAAGGUCUUCAAAACACACACACACACACACAACAUCGAUCGAGGUAGUUAGAGAUGGCCGGACGAGAUGACCUGAAGCUGCUCGGCACAUGGCCAAGCCCGUUUGUUACCAGGGUGAAGCUGGCACUCGCCCUGAAGGGCCUGAGCUACGAGGACGUGGAGGAGGACCUGUACAAGAAGAGCGAGCUUCUCCUCAAGUCCAACCCGGUGCACAAGAAGAUACCAGUGCUCAUCCACAACGGCGCCCCGGUCUGCGAGUCCAUGAUCAUUCUGCAGUACAUCGACGAAGUGUUCGCCGGCACCGGCCCGUCCCUUCUCCCAGCGGACCCCUACGAGCGCGCCAUUGCUCGCUUCUGGAUGGCCUACGUUGACGACAAGCUGGUAGCCCCAUGGAGGCAGUGGUUGAGGGGCAAGACAGAGGAGGAGAAAUCCGAGGGAAAGAAGCAGGCCUUCGCGGCGGUGGAGAUUCUUGAAGGAGCCCUGAGGGAAUGCUCCAAGGGAGGGGGCUUCUUCGGCGGCGACGGCGUAGGGCUCGUCGACGUAGCGCUGGGAGGCGUGCUGUCGUGGAUGAAAGUGACCGAGGUGCUGUCCGGUGACAAGAUUUUCGAGGCCGCCAAGACUCCGCUCCUGGCCGCAUGGGUAGAGCGCUUCAUCGAGCUCGACGCAGCCGCGGCCGCCCUGCCGGACGUGGCCAGGUUGCUUGAGUUUGCCAAGGCACGAGAGGCAGCAGCUGCAGCGUCCAAGUGAGCCGCCAGUUGGACAGGGUCUACUAGGUUUUAUUCCGAGCCACUGCGCUGAUCCGUAUGUGGUCGUUACUCACUCCGACGGAGGCCAACGAGCGUUUGUUACUGGAUCUAUCUGGUGGGAGAUGGUAGCACGGGAUAUCUUCAACCGGUUUGGAUGACGGUCAUGUAAUAGGAUAGGCGAUUAGUUGUCCUAUCUUUGUUAUGCUAGCCGGUUGUGGCCUCUUGGCUUUUGUGUUUUUGGCAUUGUGGCUCUUUGUGAGCUUGCCGUUACUUUUGUUUGAAACUGUAAGACCUUAUUUGAACCUAUUUGCUUAUUUA